AUGUUUAUCGCUGGAAAAGUCGAAGGGUCUCCAAGGCCGGCUUGUGAUGUCCUCGUUUUCUCUUACAGGGUUUUGUUCAAUAUAGAACCGUUGAGAGAUGUGUUCGAGAGAUUGAAGGUCACUGUGUUGACAGGAGAGAAGCUUGUGCUCUCUACAUUGGGAUGUGAUCUCGACAUCGAACACCCUUAUCCACUAGUGAUGGACUGGAUUAAGAAAUCGGUUAAGGCCGAGGAUUUUAGGCGUUUGUGUCAGGCUGCGUUUAACUUCGUCAAUAACACACUACGGACGUCGCUUUGCCUACAAUUCGGACCUUGUCAGAUCGCUGCUGCUGCUAUAUACCUCGGGUUG